AUGGCUGGGACACACCUUACAUUUCUUGUCUUUCUUUCUUGGCUUACUGUGUGCAUCAUUACGACAAAUGCGUACCAAACCAAUUCCAGUGUGGUAGACGUUAAAGUCAUGUGCAUGGAAAGGGAGAAACAAGCACUUCUUAAGUUGAAAGAUGACCUCGUGGAUGAGAACGAUCAGCUUUCUUCAUGGGGGACUGGUGAUGAUUGCUGCAAUUGGACAGGAGUUCGGUGCAACAACAGAACCGGUCAUGUUUAUGCACUUCAGCUUAAUCAUCAGGAAAUAUUCCAGUUUUAUGAUUCUGUCGGGGAAAUAAACUAUUCCAUGCAAUUCAAAGGCGAUAUAAGCUCUCCCUUGCUUGAGCUGAAACACUUGGCAUACUUGGAUAUGAGUGAGGUUAGAGCAACCUCCAUCCCCCAAUUCAUUGGUUCUUUAAAACACUUGAUGCAUCUCAAUAUGUCCUUUUGUGAUCUUAGCGGAACUAUACCUCAUCAGCUAGGGAAUCUUACCAGGUUGGUUUUUCUAGAUCUCAGCUACAAUAAUUUUCACAAAGUUGAAAGUCUUAGCUGGCUUUCUCGUCUUCCUGCUUUGAAACAUCUUGAUUUGAGCUCCACAAACCUGAGUGGAACUACAGAUUUGUUUCAAGCAAUCAAUAGCCUCCCUUCUUUGCACAACUUGUAUUUGAGUGGUUGUGGGCUCUCUUCGGUGAUUUCUCCACCAUUAUUUCAUUCCAAUUAUUCCCCUGCAUCACUUUCAGACAUUGAUCUUUCUUCCAACAGCCUUACAUCUUCAAUCUUCCCCUGGUUGCUUAACUUCAACAAUAGCCUUGUUCAUCUCAAACUUCGUUAUAAUGAAUUUCUAGGAAAAAUCCCAAAAGCUUUGGGGGCCAUGAUUAAUCUUGAAAGUCUUGAUCUUUCUUUGAAUCAAUUUGAAGAUUAUCUGGCAAAAUUCCAUCUUGGAUUGGAGAAAAUCUUUCGAGUUUGCCUUGAUGGAACCAUACCACAGGUCCUUUGCCAUCUAGCUCAUGUUCAAAUAUUGGAUCUCUCCCACGAUAAUAUAUCUGAUGAUAUACCGCAUUGCUUCAGCAAUUUCUCUGCCAUGUCAAAGAAUGAGAGCACUCACGAAUCCAUUUUUCAUUUCAACAACAAGCGUACUCCAGCUUAUGUUUUUUCCGAAUAUGUUGAUAGUGUUAGAGUUGUAUUGAAAGGAAUGGAGCUCGAAUAUGGAAAAACUCUCGAACAAUUGAAGAGCAUGGAUCUUUCAAGCAAUAACUUAAGUGGAGAAAUUCCUGAUGGGAUAGCGAAACUUGAGGGCUUGCUUUCGCUAAAUUUAUCAAAUAAUCGAUUGACCGGGAUCAUUCCUCCCAGGAUAGGCCUCAUGAGAUCAUUAGAAUCUCUUGAUUUGUCUACAAAUCAACUUUCUGGUGGACUUCCUGACGGCCUUCGCGAUAUGAAUUUUCUCAGUCGCCUGAAUGUCUCGUAUAACAACUUGUCAGGAAAAAUUCCAUUAAGCACUCAACUCCAGAGCUUUGACAAUACUUCAUUCUUGGAAAAUCCAGAACUUUGUGGGAAACCUCUUUCAAACGAGUGUGCAGCAGAACAAGCUCAUGAUCCAUCAAUCAGUCAAGGCAGCAAAGAUGUUGACAUCCAAGAUGAGGAUGGAUUUAUAAGCAGAGGAUUCUAUCUGAGCAUGGGGAUUGGAUUUGCCACUGGAUUUUGGGCCGUUUGCGGCACUUUAUUGCUCUACAGGCCAUGGAGGCAUGCCUUCUUCCGUCUCAUGAACCACAUUGAAGAUUGGCUUAACGUGACGAAAGUGCUAAUCAUAGCUAGAUUGCAAAGGAGGCUUCGUAACUAG